CAGGGCUGUCGCUUCCUUCUCCUUUCACCUCCUUCUUCGGGCCGGAGCCAAACCAGGCCCGAUCAGGCGACUGAGCCUGCUGAUGGGAUCUGAUUGGGAUGGGCACAAUCCAGCCUGAUGGAAGAGAAGACCAAGAAAGUGGAGGAGAUGGCCCUGAAGCUGGCUCGGGCUGUGGCUGGUGGGGAUGAAAAGAUGGCCGUAAGCUGUGCCACUUGGCUGGCAAAGAAUCGGACUCCACUGACCCUGCAGCUUAGAUCAGAGGUCUACCCGAAGCAGGAGAUCAAGCUAUGGGUGGGCAUGGAGGACGCCCAGAUGCACACUCUUCACAUCUGGCUGAUGGUGCGGCCCAACAUGACAGUGGCUUCUCUGAAAGACAUGGUCUUUCUGGACUAUGGCUUCCACCCCAGCCUGCAGAGGUGGGUAAUAGGCCAGCGGCUCCCCCGUGACCAAGACACACUGCACUCCUACGGGGUGAGACAAGACGGAGACAAGGCCUACCUCUACCUCCUGUCUGCCCACCACACUCAGCUCAGCCAGCAGGAGUUGCAACGGCAGCGGCAACUGCGGGUUCUGGAAGACUUGGGCUUUAGAGAUCUUGCUCUGCAGUCUCGAGGUCCACAGGAGCCCCGAACCAUGGAACCUCCAGAAAACGUCCUCUCUGAGGAUGUUGGAACUACUGCUCCCUCUACUUCGGAAACAGCCCCUGAUCCCUCAGUGGCUGGCUGGGAGUGCCCAGGCUGCACUUUCGUCAACAAGCCCACCCGACCCGGCUGUGAGAUGUGCUGUGCAGCUAGACCAGAGGGUUACCAGGUGCCCAACUCCCACCAGCCAGAUGAGGAAGAGCGGGCACGGCUCCAGAAUGAGGAGGAGAGCCUGCGGCAGUACCACCUGAGGAAGCAGAUACAGCAGAAGGGGAACUACCUGGAGCUCCUGCAGCUGGACCAGAGGAGCCUAGUGCUGAGCACAGAGGCAGUAGAGUGCCCCAUCUGCUACCUGAGCCUGGGGCCUGGCGAGGGAGUUGUCCUUCGAGAGUGUCUGCAUGCCUUCUGCAAGGACUGCCUUCAGGGCACCAUCCUGAAUAGCCAGGAGGCUGAGGUUUCCUGCCCCUACAUUGAUGAUACUUACUCCUGCCCAGGCAAGCUGCAGGAACGAGAGAUCCGAGCGCUCCUGAGCCCCGAGGACUACCAGCGCUUCCUGGACCUGGGAAUCUCCAUCGCCGAGAACAGAAGUGCCUUCAGCUAUCACUGCAAGACCCACGACUGCCGGGGCUGGUGCUUCUUCGAGGACGACGUCAACGAGUUCACCUGCCCCGUGUGUGGGCGUGUUAACUGCCUGCUCUGCAAGGCCAUUCACGAGAACAUGAACUGCAAGGAGUACCAGGACGACCUCGCCCUGAGGGCCCAGAACGACGUCGCCGCUAGGCAGACUACUGAGAUGCUCAAGCUGAUGCUGCAGCAAGGUGAGGCCAUGCACUGCCCUCAGUGCCAGAUCGUGGUACAGAAGAAGGACGGCUGUGACUGGAUCCGCUGUACCGUUUGCCACACAGAGAUUUGCUGGGUUACCAAAGGGCCACGCUGGGGCCCCGGAGGUGUUGGGGACACCAGUGGGGGCUGCCGCUGCCGGCUGAAUGGAAUCCCUUGCCACCCCAGCUGCCAGAACUGUCACUGAGGACCCUUGAGGAGGCCCAGAGUGGAUCCUGGCCAGGACUAGACAGCCAUCAGGGCAGAACCACCCUCAGGGAACUGACUUCCUGGCAGAUGCCUUUCCCUAGCCCCCUGCCCCAGCAGGCCCCUAGUGGGGAUGCCCCUUCCAGCACAGAUCAGGGAUGACCAGGUGUACUUUGGACAUGGGGGGGAGACUGCUGCCUCUCUGUGCCAUUAGAAGGGCCCCACUGGGGAGGAACCGCAGGGUCCCUGGUGCCUCCUCAGGAUGUGAGCUAAUUCCAGUGCCUUUGUUUCUUUGGGAACUCUUGGCCAGGCUUCCAGCAGAACAGACCUCUAGGCCCCUUCUCUGCUGCUAUUGCUACACUGCCCAUGUCCUGGCUUUAACCAUGCUCUGGAAAGCUGACAACGCUGAGGCUACCCACUCUGAGCCUUAAUCACCCACAGACUUCACAGUCUGGGCAGAUCUAUCCGCACUCUGGCCAUUGGCCGCCUAUAUACCUGUAGGUAACAGAGCCUUGUACAGGCACAAAGAUGGGGCUUUCCUUUUCCCCAGCUGCUGGGGUUUGUAGACCAACCCCCAGCACACUUGAGGGGGGCCUCCUUACAUGCAUGGGCCCCUGGAUUACUGAGGGAGGAGAGGACCCUCUGCCUAGGGUAAAGCACCUUGAACCUUCUGCAUCCCAUAUGUUCACAUUAAAGUUUUCUUUGGAAAAAA